GGGCAUUGACUCCACCCCUCUCAGCCCGGGAGCUAACUAGGAGACGUCUUUACGUCACUGAUCUCCGCCGGAAGACCGUGAUCUGUUCCUUCAACAGCUACCUGUUCCCUGGUACCUGGAGUUCCUGAACUAUGAGCCGGAAGAGGCACAGUCUUGUCCAGGAGACUUUUGGGCUGAAGAGGCGGCGGGAACAAGGGCACGUAGAGGCCGAUUCUUUGAGGGGGGGCUCAGGGUCGGCGCGCGCCGCGCUCACGGAGCUGGUGAAGCUGUUUCCGCGGGGCCUUUUUGAAGAUGCGCUACCGCCCAUUGCGCUGAGAAGCCAAGUGUACAGCCUUAUGCCCGACCGGACGAUCGCUGACCGACAGCUGAAGGAACUUCAAGAGCAGGGGGAGAUCAGGAUCAUCCAGCUAGGCUUCGACUUGGAUGCCCAUGGAAUUAUCUUCACCGAGGACUAUAGGACCAGAGUGCGUGUGAUGUGGGAGGUCCUGAAAACCUGCAGUGGCCGACCAUAUGCUGGGACAGUGGAGAAAUUUCUCACUUCAGUGUUUCCAGCCUGUGGGGACCUUAGUUUUCAGCAGGACCAAAUGAUACAGACCUUUGGCUUCAGGGACCCAGAAAUCACGCAGCUGGUGAAUGCUGGAGUCCUCACUGUCCGUGAUGCUGGGAGUUGGUGGCUAGCUGUGCCUGGAGCUGGGAAAUUCAUCAAGUAUUUUGUUAAAGGGCGCCAGGCUGUCCUUGGAAUGGUCCGGAAGGCCAAGUACCAGGAACUACUCCUUUCGGAACUCCUGGGCCGGCGGGCACCUGCUGCAGUGCGACUUGGCCUUGCCUACCAUGUGCAUGACCUCAUUGGAGCCCAGAUGGUGGACUGUGUCUCCACCACUUCUGGAACUCUCCUCCGCCUGCCAGGUACAUGAGGAUUGUGCUCAUCACUGCAUAUCUCCUUAGAGUGAGAAGAGGAGGGGUCCAGGAGCACUGCCCAGAGGUGGUUGAAAGGGUCACUUUGGGGAGGCUCAGGAGCCAGGAUGAUCACUGGGCUUGUGUCCAUGCAAAGGGUAUGACGUGAUUGCUGCUGUUUAUCUGGACUCUGACCCACUGUGGUGGGGUGUGGGCAGUGCUUCUUUGCCCUGCAUAAAAGUGGAGCAAGAAACCGCCAAGGCAUGGCUGCUGCCUUCCAUGCCGCAAGGUGCUGCUAUUACUGUCUGGGGAUAGGGAGGUGGGACUUCUGGAGAGACCGGUAGAGGAGGGCAGGGUCUCUUCCCGUUCUUAGUGUUGAAACAGCCAAAUAAAAUACUUUUGCUUGUGA